AUGGGGGUCUCGCCCCAGUCAGCGCAGACCAUCGCCACCCUAAGGCAACAGGCAACCGAGCUGCAACUGCAAAAAGCAGCGCUACGGAGGACGCUUCGGCAAAGCCAAGAGCAAGCCGCCAAGCUCCAGAAGCAAAUCGCCGCGUACAAGCGAUACAUAGAGAAACAGGACGAGGGCCUGGCAUUGGUGAUCAGCAGCAUUUGCUCCUCCUUUGAGAACUACCGCGAGACCGUAGUAGAAGCAACCCGGCAGGCCACGGUUGGGGUGGAGGAUGAGGGACUCUACGGGGAAAACGGCGGUCGUGAGUCUUAG